UAUCACUUUUAGUUCAACUACCAGAAGAAGAUGAAAGUUGUUGGAGUUCUCGCAACUCUUCUGGCAUCUUGCCUCAGCAAAGACAUGUACCUGGGAAAUCAUAAGACCCGGAUAUCCCAGGACAAGGCACAAGAUCAGUUCCUGGAUUGCUAUGAUUAUGCUAAUCAAGGAGGGAACAGACUGAGAGCAAUUGAGUAUAUUCCUCAACUAAGCCAAUACAACUUUAACAAUAUCAUCACCUCCUGCUGUAUUACUGGUAUCUGGAUCAUGUAUGCUGAUGACAACUACAACAAUCAGAACCUUGGAGCUGCUAACUGGUGGGUGUAUGGAGAUAAUUUUUGUACUAAUGUUCCUUCAGGGUUUGAUAACCAGGCUUCCAGUCUUAGAUACACUGGAGCACCUGAUGCCUGGAAAGCGGAUACACUAAAUCUUUACAACAACGAAUUUUUCAUUGGCGGAGAAGAAUAUUUCUACGGCGAUGUUCCUCAACUAAACUAUGACAACCAGGCUAAAUCUCUAAUUGUAACAGGAUGCAGUGGCUGGACCGUAUAUGAUGGACAAAACUACCAAGGUAAUUGCAAAUGUGUUUGGCCGAGUGACACAAACGCAUGUUAUCCAGGAUUUUACUCUACAGAGCAGACCCUGGGCUCACUAAGCAGAUCCAUCAGCAGUGCUAGGAGAGGAUGUUUCUGUUCCAAGAGUGUCCUACCAGACAAUCACGGAGCUAAGACCAGCGAGGGAGGAGCAGCUGGGUUCUUCAAUAAGGGAAACUAAAUGUUAAUAAAUCUCAGUUAAAAUGCAUGCAACUAAACGUGUUUCAUUUUAGAAUAAAUUAUAUCUAAUCAAUA